CAUACCUAACCUACACAGAGCAACAGCCAAUGAGCCAAGUGAGAAUAAAUUAAAAUUGAUUAGAUAAAAUGGCGGUCGACUGUGUAUCGGUAAAUAAUAAGUGUUUUUCUAAAUGUACGUGUUUAUUAACGACGAAGUUUAAUAUUCUAAUCAAGUGGUUUUAAACGAAGUGUUAUCUGUCGUAAACAUUAAGUGUGUGAAUUGUUUUUAGAAUUAUGUAAGAACAAAGACGUAAAUCGUUUGUGUAAAUGACUCUAGCAUCAUUACAAAAUACAAAUGCAUAAAAAUGGGAUGCUCCCACUUGCUCACGAUUGUAACUAUCGUGUUAUUGAUACGAAUAUCAGUUCAAAAUGAAAACAUUGAAUGCCCUCUCAAAUGCGACUGUUUAGAGCAGUAUGUAGACUGUUCGAAAAAAAAUUUGGUGUCAGUGCCAAGAAUUCCGAAGUGGGUGGGGAAAUUAGACCUAAGUUACAAUAAAUUAACAAAAGAUGUUACCGAUGGGUUUUAUGGUCUGUUAUCCUUACAAAGUUUGAAAUUGGAUAAAAAUGCAUUGACCAGUAUUCCUACUUUUCUGCACCAGAACCAAAUAGAGGAAAUCAGCAUGAAUAGGAACAACAUAAGUGCAAUAGACGUUGGUCAUUUUCCUGAGAACAGUACUAUAAAAUCAUUAAGUUUAAACAGUAAUCACAUCAAAGUGAUAGAGGAAGGUGCUCUUAACAAUCUAACCAACUUGGUGAUAUUAAAGUUGAACAGAAAUGAAAUAGUAUCACUACCCAAUCAGCUGUUUAAGCAUCAGUCCAAUUUGAAAAUUUUAGAACUAAAUCAUAACAAAAUCCAUGUGAUAACAGCUAUGCUCUUUAAGGGAUUGUCCAGUCUUGAGACGCUGAAAAUAAAAUAUAAUAAUAUUGAAAACAUAAUGGAUGGUGCAUUUUUUGGAUUCAAAUCUGUGAACUUGUUACAAUUAGAUCAUAAUGGAAUACAAAAUAUAUCCAAAGGGUGGAUGUAUGGCCUGGAAUCGAUGACUACUUUAUCUUUAUCAAAUAAUUUAAUAACCCAAAUUGAUUUUGGUAGCUGGGAAUUAUGCACCAGUCUAGAGGAGUUAGACCUAUCUCACAACUAUUUAAUAGAGAUAGAAGGUCGCACAUUUCAACAUUUGACUAACUUGCACACCCUCAACUUGAGUUACAAUAAUAUAUCUGCAAUAUUGCAGGAAGCAUUUAGCCAUAUGGUGCAGUUGCAAGUACUAUUUUUGAAUAGAAACAAAAUAUCCUGGACAGUAGAAAAUAUGUCAGGACCAUUUUCAAAACUCCAGAAUCUUGUGAAAUUUAAUUUGUCAGAUAAUCACAUCAAAUCAAUAAGCUCGAGAGCUUUUGAAGGCUUAUCUAAUGUUGUUGAGUUGGAUUUAAGAUCAAACAAUAUCACAUCAAUUCAACAGCAUGCUUUCAAUUCAAUGUCCAAAAUAAAAAAGCUAUAUCUGAACUCAUCAUCCUUAUUAUGUGAUUGCAAAUUGUUGUGGAUAGUGAAAUGGAUCAGAGAUAAAGUAGAGCAAAAGUAUAUCACAGCGACAUGUGCCUAUCCAGCAGAAGUAAGAGGCGUCGUAAUCUCCAGACUUAAGGAAGACAAUUGUGGGGAUUCACCCAAACCCCGAAUAACAGAACACCCCAAGACUCAUCUGGCAAUAAAGAAUCGGUCUGCAAAUUUAGUGUGUUCAGCCACAUCUAAUCCAUUCAGUAAUAUGACAUUUUUGUGGAGAAAAAAUAAUGGCAACAUCAGUAAUCCCAGAGUAUAUGAGAAUGUUACUUUAACAGAACACGGGAAGCCCCAUGCGACUUCUGUAUUAGUCAUACCUGAUGUGACACAUUCUGAUUCUGGUAAAUAUCAAUGUGUGGUCAGCAACAAAUUUGGAACCACAUACUCUUCCAAAGCAAAAGUUGACAUUGUCACCUUUCCCAGAUUUACCCAAACUCCAAUUAAUGUAACUGUGAAAACCGGUGACACUGUGACUCUAAAUUGUGCAGCGACUGGUGACCCUCCACCAGAAAUAUCUUGGAAAAAAGAUGGUGGGAACGACUUCCCUGCUGCAAGAGAGAGACGCAUGAACGUGAUGCCAACUGAUCAUCUUUUCUUUAUUGUCAAUGCAAAAACUUCGGACAUGGGAAUUUAUAGUUGCGCUGCUAAAAACUCAGCUGGGACUAUCAUAGCCAAUGCAACUUUAUCAGUUUUACAAGAACCAUCAUUUAUUAGAGUGAUGGAGAACAAAGAAGUGACAAGUGGGGACUCUGUAGUGUUACAGUGUAUGAUAACUGGUUCACCUAAGCCUGUACUGAAAUGGUUGAAGAAUGGAUCACCUAUUGUACCGACUGAACGUCAUUUCUUUACUGCAGAUGAUCAAGUGUUUGUUAUUAUCGGAGCUGAGUCGAGCGAUGCUGGUCAUUAUGAAUGUGAAAUUACAAAUAAACUUGGCACUAAAAAGGAUAUGAUAGAGUUAAAAGUACUCCCCCCGGUGGCAAUUAUGGUCAAGGAAGAAGAUAUGACGGGUAUAAUAAUAAUAACAGUGGUGUGUUGUGCUGUAGGAACGUCUAUAAUUUGGGUGGUGAUUAUUUACCAUACAAGAAGGCGCAUGGCCGGUGCGGUUCAUAAUAACUUUACAUCUGAAAGUGUGAAAAUGACACAAGUUGUGCACAGUGAUAGUGACUCCCCCCAUAUGUUUCCGGACAAUCUGUCUGAGCAUUCAUCUUGUAAGGACAGUGGUACAGGGGACUCAGCUAAGCAAACAAGUUUUGACGGAAUGCCAACAGACAGAAGUGAGCAAGUACAUUUUGAAACGACAGUGUGCAGAAGUUAUUCUCCAGUGCCAGAAGCGCAUAAGCUUCUUCCAUCAUCAUUUAAACCUUCUAUCCAAGUGUGUGUAAACACGUGUGUUACACCAGCUACUUACAGUUUUUCUAGUCAAAGUGGUAAUGUUUAAGCCUCAAGUGUUUUACUUGUAUUAAGAGUAAUAUUAUGUUGUUUCACAAACAUUGCAUUUCACUGACUUUUAUUUAAUAAAAGAUCUUAUGUGCUUAAUGCUACAUCCUGUAGUGUAAUAUUUAUUAUGAAUAUCUUUUGGACAGCAGGUGCAGUGGUUUAGUGCCAUUAACAUUUCAACUGAUAACAGUUUGUUUCAACAACAGAGACUAUAGUCUGGCAAGUUUGUUGAUGACACUCCAAUGAUAUAUGGGUGACUGGGGGAAAGACUGUGCGGGUGUGAAAUGAAGUGAGGUGCAUCAGUUGUGGGUUCUUCAUUCAUUAUUACACGUCUCCUGGCCUGUGUAGACCAACGGGAGUGUUACGAACAAAGUUGCCAAGCUAUAAUAAAAUUAUGACAAUGAAAUAUGUUUAUGGCACUAAAUUAAUGUUGUAUGUGGCCUUACUUUGUAAAAGAACACUGUCUAAGGAACAUUUAUGUUGAUUGCUUAGUACAAAAUGGAACAAACUUGCCAGUAUUGGUUUGAUGUAAAAGACUGAAUGUCAUUUUUAUAUAUAUUAUGAUCAUUAUUAUUUUCUAUACUGUUAGUCAAUAAUUAUAAUUAAAGUAUAAAUAUUGGAGCAAAUAUAAAAUAUUCCUUAAUUUAUAUAUUGUAAUGUAUGUUAGAAGUUUACGAUUAGCAUAUUGAAUAUUAUGGAGAUUUCUAAACAAACCCUUUUAGGGAGGACAAAGGGUUUUCAACAAGGUUUUAUUAGUAAUCAAAAUAUACUAUUAAAAUUAUUACACAAUAUACAUUGAUUAAUUCAUAGUAACAUUGUAACAAUAAUUGAUAGACUUGAUUAAUAUAAUGGUAAGUUAGUGUUAGAGGUAGACUCACAAUACUAAAUAAUACUAGGGAAUAACUUGUAUUUAAUUUCAUGUAAAAUAGGUGGAGUGAGAUUAGGUUUAAUGAGCACAAGUAUUGGUGAUUAAAACAUUCUAAUAUGUAAUACAAUUAAAUAAUUUAUUUGCUUCAUAAUAUAAAGUAAACUUUGUCCUUGGUGAAGUAAAUAACCAGUGUCUUUUAAUUAGUGAUAGGAACAGUUCACUUGCAGCUAAAAUAUUAUUUCUUUUUGUAAUUAAAUGUUAAAUCUUGAUAACAAAUACUACUGAAACAUUUACUAUAAGGUUUAUGAUAACUGAUAGUUUAAUAAUAUGACAAAAAAUUGGUGAGAUUUUGGUAAGUAUAUGGCAGCUACUUGGUAUUAAUGGGAUUAAAUAUCUUAAAUACCUAGCACAAUAUUACCAAAUUUUCACCUUUUCUAAAUAGAGUUUAACCCACCAACCUCAAUAUUAUAGUUUUUAUUGAUUGACUAAGGUUUAUAAAUUAUAAGGUGUAUUUAUUGCUAAAUAGUAUUUUUUAAACAUAGGUACUAUAUAAAAAUAAUAUUUAAAAAAUAUGUUAAAAAAACUGUUCUGUUACAUUAUAUUUAACAUUAAUCUUGUUAAUUUCAUCAUCAACUUCAAAUCUGACUAUCUGACUGACAAAUUUUAUUACUUUAAUGAACAUAAUAUGUAUCUUUCAAAAUAAUUUGUAAUUGUAUUAUAAAUUAGGCAUUUUGUAAUUGCAAUUUGUUAGCAGCAUAUUCAAUAAAUAUUUGUUUAAUUUCUGUCAGUCAUUAACAGUGUGCAGUUGUUUCCAAUUAUCCAAUGCACUGCAAUGUAAUGUAUUAAUUAAUAUAUUAGGUGUGAUAAUAUAUAAUCAUCUUUUUAUAACAUCUUGAAAAUAUGUAGAUAUUUUCUGUUUUUCAUAUACAUAAGUAAAAGUAUUUAUUAAUCAGAUUGUUGGACAAUCAUGCUAAAAUAUGAUAGAUAUUAUCAAUGACUACAUUUUGGUUACUUUUUCAAUAAUAAAGUAAAUAGUAAUAAUGGUUUGGCAUGUUAUUGUUUAGUUUAACAAUAAUAUUUAUCAAAAUCUUAGUUUUAAAUCACUGGCUGACUGACAUAAUUGCAAAGUAUCACAGGGUCAUGUGGCUUAUAUGUUAAUAACAAUGCAUUAUUCAUAUUAGGAGAAUAAAUAAAGCUGACUUAUUUUGAAAUUAUCUUCUGAACCAUGAAACCAACCAAUAUUCAAUUCUUUCUAAUUUUUAGUUCUAUACAAAUUAUAAUUUUAUAACUGUUUAAAGGUAAUUGAAUUUAAUACAUUUUUUUAAAGAUUUUGUGUGAUUUAGCCUUUAGCUAUUCCCUUAAUAGAAGAAACUUCUCUAAUUUAUCUUUUGUUUCUAUAAAGUUGUAGAUUAUUUGAUGUAAUUUUGGUUGAAGCUAUUUUAAAGGAAGUAGUUUAUUAUUAAUAUUCCUACUACCUACCUGAUACCUAUUUUUUAUUUUUCAUACAUUAAUACAGGUAAUAAAUAAAAACAUAGACUGGAUUGUGCCUAUAUAUAUAUAAAUAGUUACUGCUUUAUACUUUUCUAUUGCAUGGAGAAGACUCCUGUUAAUAAACCAUAAUAACAUGUAUUGUAUUUAGUAAUUUAAUAAAAUAAUGAUUUCUCUAAAAUUGAUAUAAAAGAACUAUAAUUACCUUGUAUAUUUCUGCUAUCAGUCAAGUAGGAACUCAAUAUUUCAUAGUUUUUUUUUAUUAAUGAAAUUACAGUCCACAUUAUAGAUGCUCGUAGUAUUUUAGCCCAACCUGCGAGGUGUUGGUUAGUUUGUGACAGUUUAUGGUGUUAAGCUUGCCAAUUGCCAUCAGAAUCAAAGGCAUCAUCUUACAUUCUCUUCUCAAGGCAUCUAUUACAUAUACAUUAUACAUGAUGAUGAUCAUGACUGCCAUCUCAAAAUUGUCUGGCAGAAUUCAAUUUUAUUUAUCUGUCAUUUAUAUGUAUCAGUACCUUUAUAAAAAUAAAUAUUUUAUAUGUACCUUUAAAAAAAUAUAAGCGCUGGAAUUUCCCUAGAAUGAAGUAUACCCAUAUUUCACAAAAUUAUGUAUGAUGCAUACAUACACUUGUUUUCCUCAUUAUUCAUAGCUUUGCAACUAUUUUGUAUUGUUCUUAUGAUGUAAAUAUACAUAACACAUAGGUAAAUAGGUAUGUACUAAGUAUUUAUAUUUUAAAUAGAAUAAAAUUGUUUUAAAACAGA